GCCGUGAGUGUUUUGUGGACUUUUUAAGUGAUACAUUAUUGGUCGGAAUUAUUGUAUAAGUACAACCAAUUGUACCAUGCACAGAAAAUUGGUCAUUUUGCUCUGUUCAGUAUAUUUAUUCUUUAGCUACUGGUGAAUGUUUAAAUUAAGCGGUGGUGUGAGCACAUUUCAGCAUUUUUUACGGAUUAUCAAAAGUUGCUAUCGAUGCCCGUACGUGAGAAGUUACUAUGGAUUUGAGUCAAGAUUCGUUCAUCCAGGAUUUUCCACCUGGAGAUCUAGAUUUCUACAGAAAACAGGCCACGUUUAACUGGAAGAAACUGAAAUUGGUUUUUGAAGAUCCACAACGUAUUAAAACGAAGAAUUUCUUGUGGAGUCUUUUCGAGAAAGAGUCUGCCUUCAAACAAAAUAAUGGGGAACCAUCAAUAGAAGAGCAAAAACAAAUUGUCAUUCGCCAACUGCUUGCGGUUAGGAGCUACAAUGUAUUACCAGCCGAUAUUCAUUCCACUCCACUAAAGCAAUGGUUAAGGGUUUUUAUGACCAUUGGCCAGGCCUUGGUGGUAGUCUCUCCCGAUGCGGCAGUGAAACUGAUCGUCGACGUUGUUUUAGCGCACAUGUCUAUCAUCCUUUUAGGCAACGAUAGACAGAAAAAGAUCGGCCAACUGGCCUGGGAGAGCAUGAGACAUGCCGCUUUUAUGCUGACCGAAGUUGCGCAUGGUAGCGAUACUAGGAACAUGCAAACCACCGCGACCUACAACGAAGAAAGUCAAGAAUUCAUUCUGGAUACUCCAAACUUUCAAGCCGCUAAGUGUUGGUCGGGAAAUUUGGGAAUGAGUUGUACAAUCGGCAUAGUGUUUGCGCAGUUAUACGUCAAAGGAUCGUGUUACGGGUUGCACGCAUUUUUAGUUCCAAUAAGGCAUCCAGGCACUUACGAAGUCUACUCUGGGAUAACAAUCAAAGAUAUGGGCUUAAAACUGGGUUUAAACGGAGUUGACAAUGCAAUCAUACUCUUCCACAAGUACAAGAUUCCCAGAUCCAAUCUAUUGAACAAAUUUGCAAAUGUUACUGCAGAUGGGCGGUAUAUCACACAGUUGUCGAGCCCGGGAAAGGUUUUUGGAUCUACGAUUGGUAAUUUGUCAACGGGGCGUGUAUCGGUGGUGCAAGAAAGUUCGGAGUACUUAAUUUGUGCGGUAGUGAUCGCCGUUAGGUACGCUGCGGUAAGGAAGCAGUUUGGAGCGAACAAAGACGAAGAACUGGCAAUUAUAGAACAUCAAUUACAUCAAUGGAGGCUGUUUCCGCAUUUGGCAGCUGCAGCCGUGUUGAAAGUUUUCGCGACCUCAAUUGCAGAUGACUACAUCAACAUGCUUAUACAACAAACAACCGAAAAGGACUCAGUAUUUAGCACGUCCGCUUAUAAAACAGAAAUGCACGUGAUCUUAUCCGCAGCAAAGCCUCUGACAACUUGGUCCUGUCAGGAUGCCAUCCAACAGUGUCGCGAGGCAUGCGGCGGUCAUGCUUUUUUAAACGCGUCGCGUUUUGGUGUUCUGCGAAAUUCCAAUGACGCAAGGGUUACGUACGAGGGUGAUAACAAUAUCUUGCUACAACAAACUAGCAGGUGGCUCUUGAAGCUGUGGGAUGGCUUAAAACAAGGCGUUCCCAUAAGUACUCCCUUAGGCACGUGCAAUUUUUUAAACAACCACUCCGCAAUUCGAAAUAAAAAAUGUACAGCCAGCACUAGUGACGAUGUUAAAUCUUUUACAUUUUUGCAAGAAUCAUUCGAAUGGUUAAUCACUUACCUACUUCAAGAAACCAGCGAGAAACUUCUAACAGGAUUCGAGUCUUCAGGAUGCCUAUUUACCGCAUUUAAUAAUAUUCAAGUAUACAAGGCCAACGUUCUCUCCAUGGUGUACAUUGAAUACGUUGUCCUGUCUCGGUAUUGGUCGAUUAUUCACAAUGACUGUGUAGAUAUCAGUGUUCGAAGGGUUUCAAUAACAAUAGGUCUGCUGUAUGGAUUAUCAUGUUUAGAUAAGCAUUUAAUUUAUUUGUAUGAGGGAGGCUUUACUCAACCUUCCCUCUCUAAGUUAGUUAAAGAUGCAAUAUUAGAUAUAUGUUCCAUUUUGAAGUGCGAUGCUGUUGCUGUAGCUGAUGCGUUGUCAUUUCCAGAUAGUGUCUUAAAUUCCGUGUUGGCAAAGUCUGAUGGAAAGCUUUAUGAAAACCUAAGAAACGAACUUUUUAGAGGUGAUACUUGUGUACCUGAAAUUUUGGCGUCGAAACUCUAAAUGGCGUUGCGUGGAUAAGUUAUUAUUUUCAUGGAUUUUAUUUGUGCGGCAGGUUAUAAUUUCGUGUCUAAUGGUCUCAGCCAUAAAAUUGUACAUGUACUUAAAUAAAAUGUUUAUAAAUUA